UUGACGAUGCUGGUAUUGAUUGCCAAUAUAUACCCUGUAAAGUGUUGAAAUUCACUGAGAAUGACACAUACAUUUUAGGAUGUCAAUAUGGAAGAUUAAACGAAUAUUAUUCAGCUAUCGAAUUAGUUCCUAUUAUUGGAACUUUUAGAGAAUACUCUGAGCUUCUGCUAUCCAACAAAGCUCUGGCUCUAUAA